AAGACCCUGAAGGCGCCAUGACCUUUUACCCGCCACAUUACCGACAGUCAUGCGAUCAGGUUAACGUUAACGUAUAUGACUGACAGCCCGCUGUUCGGUGAGCCGGCUGGCACCGUUUACCGGAUCCGUUAACCGGAUCCGUUAACCGGUUAGAGGAGCAGUUGGCUGAUUAGCUAGCGGUCAGAGAGGGAGUAUUAGCCGCUAACAGCCAAUAGCUAACGGGAGAUGGAGGAGUUUCUGUCGAGCUGCCGCAGAGCCACGCAGGUCUUCUUCCCACAGGCGAACACAGACCAGCCUGGUCCACGGUUCCACAUUGUUCUGGGGAACGAGGCCUGUGACCUGGACUCCAUGGUGUCUGCUCUGGCCUAUGCCUACUUUCUGUCCAAGACUGUGCAAAGUGAGAUGCUCGCUCUCCCCCUACUGAACAUCCGUCAGUCAGACUUGGUGCUGCGUUCAGAUAACAUCUUCCUGCUACAACAGACCGGUUUGUCUCCAGACCUCCUGCUGUUCAGAGACCAGCUGGACCUGCGAGCCCUGCAGAGAGCUGGUCGCCUGCAGCUGACACUGGUCGACCACAACGUCCUGCCCAGUUCUGACAGUGACCUGGAGGGGGCGGUUGUGGAGGUGAUUGACCAUCACCUGUUGGAGAGAGAGCCCUCCCCCUCCUGCCCCGUUACCGUGGAGACGGUGGGAUCCUGCGCUACCUUGGUAACAGAACGCAUCGUCCAGAAAGCUCCGCAUAUCCUGGACCAGCAGCUCGCUCAGCUGCUCUACGCGGCGGUGGUGUUGGACUGCGUGAACAUGGCUCCUACAGCAGGGAAAGUGACUCCUAAAGACAGUCAGUACGCUGCCGUGUUGGAGACGCGCUUCCCUGCUCUGCCACAGAGGGGAGCUCUCUUCCAGGCGCUGCAGAACGCCAAGUUUGACGUCUCAGGUCUGAACGUUGAACAGAUGUUGUUGAAGGACAUGAAAGCUGUUUCAGGAUGUUUGAAUCUCGCCGUCUCUGUUCUCUACAUCACACUGGAGGAAUUCCUGCAAAGGGGGGAGUUGGAGGCAGAGCUCUCAGGUUUCUGUCAGAAGUUUGGAUUUGAUUUGCUGCUGCUGAUGACCAUUUCCUUCACUGAGAGCAAAGAGCCAAUCAGAGAGCUUGCUGUGUUCAGCCACAGCACUACCUGCAGGGAACAGGUGGGCCAGUACCUGGAACAGGCCCGUAACCCCGCCCUCAACCUCUGUCCAGUCAGCAGCCCCCAUUCUCACAUCACAGCCUACCAGCAAGGAAACACCUUGGCGUCUCGUAAGAAGGUCCUCCCCAUCAUGAAAGACUUCCUGAAGGAGCAGGACGGAGACCGUCGCCUGGGAGACAUAGAGGAGGAGGAGUCUCGGGUACCUCCGACCCCGAUGAACAGUCUGGUGGAGGGCUGUCCUCUAGAUGAUGGCCUUCCUCACAUCAGCCCUCAGGACCUGGUGGAGAAGGUCAGCAAGAUGGCCGAUAGAGGAGGGAACUGACCUCCGACCUGUCACCAUCACCUGUGAUUCUGUCAGAGAUGAAACAUCAGAUUUGAAGACGAUGAAGGUACCACAGAGAGACACAGAGGACAGAACAACAUCAACAAUAACAAUAAUAAUAAUAAUAAUAAUAAUAAUAAAAAUGAGUGAGUUUAUUGUCUCUGAAACACAGAAAGUUUAAGUUUUCAAUCACAAGUUGAUUUAUCUCACGCAUUCAAAUCUGAACAUGGACAUCAGCAGAACCAACAGAUCCAGUUUGAGGUUUGGGUCAGCGUGUCUGUUUUAAAAUGACGUCACUUGUUGCUUAGAAAAUAUAGAGUUAAACAUGUUGUCAGAGUUCCUGUUUUCUGAUAUAAAUCCUGAUCAAAUACAGAAUAACUUAUGGAAACAUGCUCAAACCGUCCUUCAGAUAAACAGGAGAUAAAGAGUGUUUGAUUUGCUCAGAUUCAGAUUUUUUUUUUAGAGGUUAAAUCCUGACAAAUAAAACCGAUCAAAAACCUCGGAUUUGUUGUCACGUCACAGAACUUGUUUGGAUCAGUAAUAUGUAAAUGGGUUUUCCAAAAUGUUAUGAUCAGUGAACCGUUCAGUCAUCAGCUGUCUGGUGUCAGUUUGUACAGUCAGAGCUAGAAUCUGAAUCUACAGUCAGGAGGAUUUACACCAAACUCAGUUCAUUUUUUGAACAAAAAAAGCUGUGGAUCUAAAAGUCAAAUAAGACACUGCAGGGUUUUCAUUGUGUUUCUGUAGAGCAGUGUUGCUCGCUGUGAGGCGCACUAAGCUUCAAUCAGCAGCUUGCAUGGCAGCAAGUAAUUAUAUGAUCAUGUUAAUACACAUAAUUUAAAAUACCAAAAACAGCUUCACUGUCCAUAUCAGGGCUGUAGCUUCCCGGUCGAUAUGCUCUUGUCCGACCCAAUUUGGACGAGAGCAUAAGUAUGUGGUCAGUAUGUUUUGAAAACACCCCCGUUUUCAUAACUUUGAGCUCGCGCAACCUGACGGAGACUGCCAGGCCUAACUUAUUUAACGCUUACUGAACGUUUACUCGGAGUCGGCUCCAAACUAAUUGACACCGUGUCAGAGAAGUCGUCGGUGUGGCUGCGUUUUCUUAAACCUUAAAAUAAGCAGUUUGCAUAUCACAGCUCAACAAACAUAGCAGAUCAUCUGAAAACGGUAGCUAACGUGUCUGCGUUAGGAUGCUCCGUAACCUUCCUGUUUAACGCCUGAGGCUUUGAGUGAAUAUUCCUCAAUAGUUCUUGUGCUGGGACCAGUUGAUAUAGUUCUGUUUUCAGAGAUCAUAUGAAUAUGGGCAGAUGGACGCUGGUCGGCUCUGAGUCUGUUGUUAUCAUUUCAGUAUAAAAUAAUUAGGUUAAAGUGAUUUAGUGUGCUGCAGAUACUAGCUUUUUAUGUUUAUUUAUGAUUCAUUUAGGCUAAUAAGGCUGCCAGGGAGAGUGCAGUCAGUGCACUUUGGCUGAUUUAAUUCGUCUAAAGAUAACGUGCAGAUUUUUUUUCCCCUGCAACCAAUCGAUUGGUUGAAGAGGAGGUACGAUUUCAGUCAACCAAGAUAUUCAGAUAUUCUUUGGUUGUGUACAGCCCUAGUUCAUACACGAGAUGGCAGUAUGUGCUCAAACAUUGGGGACAGGAAACUGUCACCGAUCUGACGACACUGUUCACUGCUGUUGACACGUUAUUCAUGGCCGGAUUAACCUCCAUCGGCCCUGGGGCAAAAAUUCGUUGUUGGGCCCCUGUUGACGCCCUAUACAUGUCAGUUUCAUCAAUUAGACAAUUUACAGAAAUUAAUUGGCAACAAUUUUGAUAAUCGAUUAAUCGUUGAAAUCAUUUUUUUAAGCAAAAAUUUCAAAUAUUCUCUGGUUCCAACUUCUCACAUCAGAAUAUAUUCUCCGACAGUAAACUCUACGAGUUUGUGUUUUUGACAAAACAUGACAUUAGACUCUGUUCACACAGGCUUCAGGGAAUAAUGAGGCAUUUUUCACUAUUUUCUGACAUUUUAUUUACUGAUCAAUCAAGUGAUUGUUGAAGAAAAUAACUGUCAGACAUACUGACAAUGAAAGUAAUUGUUGGAUGCAGCCCUACAGUUUCUAUGAUGGAAUAAAAUGACCGUACCUGUGUUUUCCUGGCUGUUAAGGACUUGAUGAACAGAAAAAAAUUAAGCAGUUUGAUAAAACAACUUAACAACGAAUGAGCAACAAAUAUAAAUGAAAACAGUUCUUGUCUUAAUACCAGAUUUUGACAGAUGGAGGGUGGAGGACCCGACAGAGUUGAUAUUCUACAUCAGCGAAGAAAAAAUUGCUAACAAAUUUGCGAAAAAUCAAAUGAUGUUUACCCAGGUAUUACGUGGAGUGAACGUGGGGCUUUUUGAGCCCUGGGCAGUUCCACACUGUGCUCGGUUGGUAAUCCAGGCUCGUUGUCAUUAAUUCAACUACAGCAGGGUCUCGUGCUCACUAACAUGAUACAGGAACAAAAAUGGAUCCAUUUCUUACCAAACAAAGCAGAGUCAGACUCAAAAUCAAAAAAAAGACGCUGCAGCAGACAAACUGAUGGAGAUCAGACAUUUCAGUUUAAUAUGCAGCUCCCUGCUCCGCUGUCACACGAUGUAGCUUGAAGCUUCAUUUCCAAAUCAUUGUUGGGUUUUGGUGUUUGACAGUAAAAGUGUCUCCUAUUGACUGUGACCUGUCAGUGUGGCUCUCAUUUAAAAAUGUGAACACCCCUGCUGUAGAGCUUGGCUUUAAUCGAUAUUUUCUUAAAUCAAUGUGUAUCAGGGCAUGUUUAGAGACAUGAGUAAUGGUUUAUAGAGAGACGAGACAAUCCAGGUGAAAUCUGCUUUUGUGGUUUUGGUAAUAUUUAGUCAUAAGACAGCAUGCACAUAGUUAGGUCCAUAAGUAUUCGGACAGUGACACAAUUUUUGUAACUUUGCCUCUGUGCACCACCAUGAUGGAUUUGAAACGAAUUCAUCAAGUUGUUACAGGUCUCUAAUUCAAGCGGAUUAACAAAAACUUCACAUUAACCAUUUCGGAAUUACAGCCAUUUUUAUACACACUGUUGCAAUUAGAAAUAUUCAACUCCCCCAAAGAUUUUAAGGAUUUAUCAAUUAAAGUUUUCUCAAAGAGCAAGAUUCUGCUUCGGAUGACUUCGUUAUGAGUUGAGUGAUACAUAAAAUCAACACAGAAAAUGCAUGAUGUAGUAUUUGUGUGUAACAGUAUAUUUUGUUAAGAUACGCUUGUCACAAUUAUUCAACCCCUAUAUAAUAUUGUUGUUUUCAAAGCUGUCUGACAGUUUUUGUGGCCUUUGUGGAGUUGAAACAUAAUUAAGCCUUUGGGAACUCUAUAAUGAUCCUUCAUUUGCUUCAGCUGGAAUGCAUAUAUAUAUAAGCCCCACCCAUGAUGGUAUCCAAGGUUAGUUGCAAUCAUGGGAAAGACAAAGGAGCUUCCACAAAAGCUGAGAGAGGAGAUUAUUUCAUCACACCUGAAGGGCCUAGGGUAUAAGAAGAUUUCCAAAAAAUGUAAUAUUCCAAGAGACACCAUUGGGAGCAUUAUAAGGAAGUUUAAAACUUACGGAACAGCUGCAAAUCUGCCUUGCUGUGGAAGAAAGGCCAACAUUUCAUCAAGGUUCCUUAGCAACUUAGUCAGAACAACUAAGAGAAACCCCCUGGGACUGCAAGACACCUACAUGAUGACCUGAUGAAGUCUGUUACAAGGGCUUCAGUGGCAAAUAUAAGACGUGCACUGAAUAAACAAGGACUUCAUGGCCGGACUCCAAGACGCACUCCACUCUUGAACACAAGGAACAUCAAAAGUGGACUAGAAUAUGCCAGGAGGAAUUUGGAUAAGACUACAGAGUUUUGGGAGACAGUUCUACAGACUGAUGAAACCAAACUGGACCUGUUUGGACAUAUGGACCAGCGGUAUGUCUGGCGUGCGAAAGGCCAGGCUUAUGACCUGAAGAAUACCAUCCUCACGGUCAAGCAUGGAGGUGGGUCAUCGACGAUGUGGGGCUGUUUUUCUGCGGCGAGAACUGGCAAUCUUGAUCGUGUACCUGGCAUCAUGGAUUCCCAGAAACACCAGGCGAUUUUAAAGAGGAACGUGAUGCCUUCUGUUUACAAAUUAAACCUUGGUGAUCAUUGGACUUUCCAGCAAGACAAUGAUCCCAAGACAACCUUCAAGUCAACCAAAGUGUGGUUGAGAAAAAGAUCCUGGAACGCCCUGGAGUGGCCUUCUCUUUCAACAAAUUUAAAUCCGAUUGAAAAACUUUGGUGGGAUUUAAAGAAGGCAGCUGCAGCACGGAAGCCAUCAAGCAUCACUGAGCUAGAGGCUUUUGCACGUGAAGAAUGGGCAAAGAUUCCGAUCCAGAAGCUAUAAAAGCUAAAGGAUGCGCCACAAAGGACUGAAUGUGGGGGUUGAAUAAUACUGCACAUGCACGUGUUAACAGUUACAUUUUUCAUUUGAUCUUCAAAGUUAAGUCAACUUCUGUUGUCGAAAUAAUUUUUUGUUUUUAUUUUUUGUUUUUUAAUGAGGAUUUUUGUCAUUGUCAUUAUCUUUCAUUCACAUCACUAUAAUGUCUUUUGAGGGGGUUGAAUAUUUCUGAUCGCAACCGUAGUCCCUCAUUUUCAGAGGCUCGAAACUAAUUGUACAGUUGAUCAACAAUCAGUUUCAUGGCCAAGUGGCAUCUGUUCCCUAGUACAACAGAGACGACACAAAACAAAGUGUUCGAUCACGACAACGGAUAAAAACACUUAAAUUCAAAUUAAGCUAUUUCCACAGUUGUACAGACCUGCUGCCCUAAGGUUGUAACAUGCAGAUGAGUAAUUAAAUAUUAUUAAACAUUCAAAAGUCCGUCAGAAGCUGAUUCUGAGGAUGUCAGUCGUGUCAGCUGUCCAUGUUUGUUGGUCAGAUUCUGCACAAAGUGGCUUAAGGUGGAGUAAAGUUCAUUUAUGUGUUCCUCAUUAAUGACUCAAUUCAUUUUAAAGAGGUUUGUCAUUAAUUAAAGGCUGGUGAACGUAAAUCUGAGGAUAUUUUAAGGAACAUGUACCUGUAAGUUCUUAAAAUAAAAGCUGCUUCGGAAAUUGAAGCCAAUAAAAACAUCUGGAAACAGAAACAAGCCUGAUAAACUGUCCCUGUCCCUGU